AUGGCGCAUAGAGAGUGGAUGGGUGAUGAAUCAAAACAAAGUGUAGAAUAUAUUCAAGGGGUUAAUGAAUUUCUUGAAUUUGCUUUUCAAAAUUCAGAAAUCAAUGGAAAAAUAAUGUGCCCUUGUACAAAUUGUGCCAAUUGUCACUCAUAUUCUCGUAGAAUUGUUUACGAACACUUAACUAAUCCACGAUGUGGAUUUCUUAGAGGUUAUAGGCGAUGGGUAUUUCAUGGUGAGAAGCCUACAACUUCAAGCACCACAACUGAACGUGUAGAAAUGGAGCAUGACAUGGAUGGAUUAAUUAAUGAUAUUUUUGUAAUUGAUUCUAUAAAAGAGCCAUUUUGUGGUGAAGGUGGAAGGAAUCCAGAUGUCGGAGAAACAUCUAAGAUUUACCAAUUUGUGAGGGAGAAUGAACAAAUGCUCUAUCCAAACUGUAGGAAGUAUAGCAAGCUAUCAUUUAUCAUACAUUUCUAUCAUUUAAAGUGUCUUCAUGGAUGGAGUGACAAAUCAUUUUCUAUGUUGUUAGAUUUACUCAGAGAUGUUUUAUCAGAAGAAAAUAGUUUGCCAAAGUCAUACUAUGAAACUAAGAAGAUAAUUUUAGGGUUAGGAUUGGGGUAUAAGAAGAUUCAUGCUUGUCUAAAUGAUUACAUACUCUAUUGGGAUAGAUAUAUAAAUGAUCAAGUAUGUCCAAAGUGUGGUACGUCAAGGUGGAAACCAAAAGAUGAAGAUGUACAAACUAAUGGGAUGGAGACCUCUCAAAAGCGAAAGAAUUUACCAUCAAAAAUUCUUCGAUGGUUCCCAUUGAAGCCAAGACUGCAGAGGUUGUUCAUGUCCUCCAAAGUUGCUGAGUCGAUGAGAUGGCACCAUGAGGGUCGAUUGAAUGAUUGUCUUCUUUGGCAUCCUACUGGCUCCCUUGCUUGGAAAGAGUUUGAUGCUCGAUAUCCAAUAUUUUCUUCAGAUCCUCGUAAUGUUCGAUUAGGAGUGGCUUCUGAUGGGUUCAAUCCUUUCAAGACUAUGAGUAUUACUCAUAGCACUUGGCCUGUUAUGGUAAUUCCAUAUAAUCUUCCUCCUUGGAUGUGCAUGAAACAAUCAUUCUUCAUGUUAUCACUACUAAUUCCUGGUCCUAAAGGUCCCGGAAAUAACAUUGAUGUUUACCUACAACCAUUAGUACAAGAGUUGCAAGACUUAUGGGAAAAUGGAAUUGAAACAUUUGAUGCCUAUAAGAAAGAGACAUUUCAACUUCAUGUUGUUAUAAUGUGGACUAUUAAUGACUUUCCAGCAUAUGCUAACCUGUCUGGAUGGAGUACUAAAGGUCAAUAUGCAUGUCCUUGUUGUGGUAUUGAAACAACCUCACGAUGGUUACGUCAUGGUAAAAAAUUUUGUUACAUGUGUCAUCGUCAUUGGUUAGCUCCCAACCAUAAAUGGAGGUUAAAUAGUAAGAUUUUGAUGGAACACGGGAGUUAA